AUGGAAGUCGUAGAGGCUGUGGAAGAUCGAGCAACUAUAACCCGUGAAGAAUCGUCUAAACGUGAAGCGGAAACUCUCACACCAGAACUCUUAGCGGCUACGAAACGACUCCAGUCAGAUGAUAGAUUUGAUGAUGAUGAUGAUGAUGAUACACCUACAGUACUCGAUGGAACUAGUAACGCAAGGCCCGAGCCAAAAUCUCAUCACGACUACUUUGAUGGGUUACAAUGGUCUGCAGAUGGCACCACUCUACUACUUUCCAGCGCUGUAUCGCACAGGCUAGCAAGCUACAUCCUCCCGCCUGGUCUCUUGACACCUCCAGAUCCUCAAGGUUACCACGACUUAAACCCUUACUGCAUCCACAGCCUCCCUGAACCCAUUUACGCUACUGCCAUUCAUCCGGCCUUCUCUCUUUCCAACCCGGAAUCUUACUACCUCGCCUCUCUUCGCGCUUUACCAAUCCGGCUCCUCAGCCCUUUCGCUCCUGGUCUCGUCGCCAGCUACCCACUCGUCAGUAGGAAUACCGAGGCGUGGAUAGCUCCCCACAGCUUGCUCUGUGCUUCUCAAGACUCCGGCACUUUCUUUGCUGGCAGUGAUGGCAGGGUAUCUUUGUUUGACAUGUGGAGGGACGGAGAGGAACCAUUCGCAAGCAUACAGACCGGUAGACGAAGGCGAAGGGCGGGGAAAGUGAAUUCCGCACAAUUUUUCAGUGAUGAAGGGGUAGGUAGCCGUGGCGUAAUAGGUAUCGUCAGCGCAUUGGCGAUGAACAAUGAGAAGAUACUUGCUGCUGGCUCAUUCAAUGGCGGUAUUGCUUUGCUAGAUCCGUUUCGGGAGGAAGGAUCAGUUGGAACCCUUCCUCUGCCCGCAGACACUAUGAGAGGCGUUACGGCGCUCAAGUUCCAGCCGCAACCGGCAAGAGGAGACUAUCUUGUUGUUGCUUCGAGAUGUUCGAAUGCCGUGCACGUAUUCGAUCUGAGGAAUGCCGGGGCGGUGAUGGCCACCUUGAGGGGGAGAAAAGCAAUGACUCAGCAAAGGCUUGGAAUUGAGAUUUCUGCAGACGGAGAGGUGAUGGCUGGGGGUACAGAUGGAGUCGUGAGGGCGUGGGACGGUAUUGGGAUGCAGGAAGGAGAAGUGGAGUGCAGUCGUGAGUGGCAGUUGCACCAGGAUGCUGUUGGAGGCCUUGGCUUGUAUCCUGACAGCGAGAUGACCAUCGCUGCUACUUGCGCAGGAUCGAGGAUAUACGAAGAUAGUGAUGUAUCACGACGAGAGAAAGAGGAAGCCGGCUCUUUGAAAGUGUGGACUUGCUAA